AUGACCUUUUCAUUUACAAAGUAUAUGGAGGAGGAUGAGGAUAUAUUCUCAUAUUAUGGAGGGGGGGAUACUUUCGCAAAUUUUACAGAAAAUUCUUUCGCAAAUUAUACGGAAAAUUCUUUCACAAAUCAUACGGAAAAUAAUUUCACAAGUCAUAUGGAAAGUUCAUUUGAAAAUAAUAUGGAAAAUUCAUUCACAAAUAAUAUGGAAAAUUCAUUCACAUAUAAUAUGGAAAAUUCAUUCACGCAUAAUAUGGAAAAUUCAUUCAUAAAUUAUAUGGAAAAUCCAUUUACAACUUAUAC